AAGAAAAUGAAUAUAUAAUAAUAAUAAUUGAGAUUCUCUUUCUCUUUCUCUCUUCCUCUUCUUUAGCUCCAUUCAUCUAUAAAUUAGUAGCAACCCUUAUUGACAACCUUUCUUUCCUGUCUCACACCAAACAUUAACUCUCCAAAAAUUUUCUCUUCUAUUUUCUAUUUUUUCCUUUCAUUUUUUUUAUAUUUCUUUUUCAAUAUUUUUUUUGUUUCACAUAUAAUUAUACAUACUCUCCUUAAAUUAUACAAGGUUGUUUUGAAAGAGUUGAGUUUGAGCUAUAGCUGUACAGAGUUAAGCUAAGGGAUGAAGCAGUGUGUGAUUCAACAAAAGGGGUUUUCAAUUUGUGAAGAGAUGAGAGGCUCUUCUAUGGAUUCUGUUGUUUGCCCUAAACCUCGCCGUCCUACCCUCCUAAACUCACCGACGCCGGUCAGAUCUUUCCGAUGGCAUCUCAAUUACCAAUCAGAGCUUUGUGAUUCUAAAGCUGGGACUGAUCUCUUUGAUGCCAUCCUCACAAAGGGUGGUUAUGGUGUUGAACCAUCUAGUUAUACGGCCCAAGUAGCCUCGUCGCCCCCAUUUUUCAGCGGGUCGCCGCCGAGCAGAGUAGCUAACCCAUUAAUUCAGGAUGCUCGAUUCGGAGAUGAGAAGUUAUCCCCAUUGGCUGCGUCGCAGCCAAUUCAGCCACCGUCCGGCCUUUCUUCCCCGAGGAAAGGAGGCUGCGUUCGGGGCAAUUUUGGGAACAAACCAACUGUGAGAAUUGAGGGUUUCGAUUGUUUGGAUAGGGAUAGACGCAAUUGCAGCAUCCCUGCCCUUGCAUAGAGCUUGAUCAAUCUCCAAAUCGAGUACCAAAAGGUGUAUAGGAAACAAAACUAAACAAAACAAAACAAAAAACGAUUUAAAGUUCGGUUAUAGAAAAGCGAGAGAGGGAGGAAUUUUGAAACUACCACGCGGAGGGAAGAAGAAGAAGAAGAAGAAGGAAAACAGAAGAGUUUGGGAGAUCCUUUUGCCUUGUGUAAAUAUGUUUUAAAGGGUUCUCUUUAGAGAGGUAAAAUUUGUGUCAAGAGAAAUUGUCUUUGUAUGUAAGUAAAUGAGUUUCUUCUUUUAUUAACUAAAUAAUGAGAGAAAAAAGAAAGAGUCUUUUUAGGGUUUGUAAGGUGUGGGUUUGGGAUUGAAAGAGAAAGAAAAAGGGGUCUUGUAUUGACCACACCCAUCUCUAUAUAUUGUAAAGUAUUUAGUAGUCUUUGAUGGGAAUUUUUCAUUGUAUCUCUUUGUUUUUGUUUACAUGGGGUGCUUUAAAAGUGUUCCAAUGAGCAACUUGUGAAAGGAAUCUGUAUAAAUUAAAGUUGCUAUUGAGUCAAAUUUAAGCAGUCAUUUAUGAAAACUUUUGUAUAUAUAACAUUUCUAUUUCUUAUCUUCA